AUGAAACAAAGAACUGAAACCACCACUUCCAAUGAAUCUAAUUCUGACAUGAUUGAGCGCGUUUUGGAAGAAUUGAGCAUUAAACACAUGGAACGAUGCAUCAGAAAACGCGACCAAAUUGAACAAGAGUUUACAAAGCAGAUAGAAUAUGAAAAAUCGCAACUAACGACGGAAAUGAAACUUUUACAAAACAAAAAUGAGGAAAAUGUUCAAAGAAAAAUGAGUCGUUUAAGUGAGUUAAGAUCUCGUCGGCAGCUUUUGGAAACUCAAAGGGAAGCUCUAGGAAAGCAGAUUCGCCAAGAACUGGGACAAUACCUUGAGAAGCUGCAAACACUUGUUGAGUCAAACUAA